AUGCAUCAAGGACGCUGUAUCUCAUCAGCAUUACUGUUGUUCUUUGCUACCAUUAUGGCUGGAUUUGUUGCACACCCUGUUGUUGCUCAACUUCACCUAGUCAACUCGAAGGAUGAAGCCCUGAAAUAUUGUAAAGAGAAAGAAGGACCAAGCAACCCAGAGACCACGCUCGGAUCAUAUUACAAUAUUUAUGCAGUGUAUCCUGAUCAACAAGGCAACGAUGUUUUCUACAACUGUGGCUACGAAAGGGUAGAAAAAACCGACGUUAAUAGGUCCAAGAAAGAUUGUAAAGUUGCCUCGAAGACAUAUAAGGAUACGCCAGUACGAGACUACCGUUACAAAUGCUAUUCCGAUGGUAGAUGGGUCCUUAUGUUUUGCGACCCCGCCGACGACUGUCAACCCCUGGAUCCUGAAGAUACUGAAAAGCCCAAUCCUGUUAGGGAGAUGCUAGAGAACUUGUUACUGAAAUUGAAAGGCGAAAUAUAA